AUGGCUCAAUUAACUACCUACCUACAGCUAAAUGACAGGUUAUCACAAAUAUGGAUAAAUAAAUAUACAUUAGUGCUACUACUAGCCAUGGUAAAAUUAUUCUUCUUUUCUCGAUCCAUUCAAAAUGCAAUGCUAUCAUCACAAAAUUAUAUCAUCUCAAAUUGUGAAACUAUUGAUUCCAUAUAUUCCAAAGUCACUGAUAAUACUCCACAUUAUUUAGGUAUAAUGGGGAACUAUCUACUUGAUAAGACGAUGGAGGAAACGAUAAAGGCAACAUUAAAAACUUUAUCAUUAUUGGUAUACGCAAGUGAAGAAUUAUUGACUUUUGUCAUCGACUUAUAUCUUGGAACUUACGCAUGUUUAGCUGUAAGUGCAAUUGAUGGGACUGUAGAUGUAGCUACCAAUACUACUGAGAAAUUAAUUGGAGUAGUCAAUUCUACUGUCGUAACGUUGGCUAAUGAUUUAGAUGAUGGAUUAGAUGAUAUAUCCAAAUUUAUUAACAAAAUCAUUGAGGCAGCAUCGAAGGUAGAGAAUUUUUUCACUGGUGAUGAUGAUGAGGACAAUAGUAGUGAUGGUAGUGAUGAUAUCAAGAAAGUUAAUCUAACUAUAUCUGCUAUAAGAGAUUUAAAAAUUCCAUCCUCAAUAAACGAUAAAUUAGAAGAAUUAUCUGCGAAGACACCUGAUUUUGCAGAAGUUAAAAAUAAAACGAAAAGCUUGGUAUCAAUACCUUUCGAGCAAGUUAGGAAAGAAAUAAAAAGUGUAAAUGCAACAGAAAUAAUGGCAAAUAAAUCCAUGCUUUAUGUGCCGCCAAUUGUGAAUGAUAACGGUCUACCAAAUGGUAUAUGCUCAUCAAAUAAACCUGAAAUUGAAAACUUUUAUAAAGUACUAUUGCAUUCUUUGAAGAUAACUACAAUCGUCUUAAUUGUGCUAAUGAUUGUGGCGGCCGUCGUCGUAUUAGUACCUAUUGCAUGGAAUGAAUAUAGACUAUGGUCCCGUUUAACAAAUAUGAAACAACAAUAUCUUAGCAAAUGUUUUAAUAAUAGUUUGAAUUCAGAUAUUUAUAUGUCUACAACACUGGAAGAAGAUGAAGAAGAUGAUGAUGACAUUAGCAGCAACAGGAUGAAGUUAAAGGAAAAUCCAUUCCUUGAUGACGAUAAACAGACAGACAAAAAUUUGGAAGACUACGAUGUUAUUGCCAGUUAUCAACAUUGUUUCAACAAUUGGAACUCUAAAAUAAGUUUCAUGGUAACAAAACUCCUUAAUGUUGGAACGAAGAACCAAAUAAGGAGUAAAACCGAUCAAAUCAAAACCGAGUGGAUAGUUGCUUACAUUACUUCUGAACGUGCAUUAUGUGUAUUGGGUAUUGGUCUUUUGGCAUUAUUAGUUUGUAUUUUCCAGUUUAUAAUGAUUGCAAUAUUAAGAAAGGAGUUAAAUGUUAGCUCUGGAUCAAUGAUAAAUAACGAGAAGUCCUCUUCGUUAACAAACAGCUCUUCCGUGGAUACUAUGAAAAAUGAUAUGAACAUUUGGACUACUCAAACAAAUGAUUAUAUUAAUUAUACGGAAACUACUAUCAAUAAGGAAAUGUUUGGCUGGAUAGUCACCACUACAGAAUCAAUCAAUUCCACUGUUGUAACUAUGAUUGAUGAUAUUGAUAGCACACUAGCUGAUAUAUUUAAUGGGACAUUACUUUAUAGCCCUAUGAAAACGGUUGUAGGAUGUGUCAUUGAAAAUAAACUAUAUACUGUGGAGAAAGCCAUGACAUGGAUUCAUGAGAAGGCAGAACUCUCAUUGCCACGAAUUAAUGGAACAGAAUUAUACCGUGAAUUACAAAAUACACAAUACCAGAAUGGAACCUCAAAUAGUACUGCUUUAACAACGAGUAGUAAAAUGGUAACAAUCGUGGAUGAGUUGAAGGAUGACAUGCAAACAGGAUUACUAGCAAUCUUGGAUGCAUAUCAUAAGAUGGCUAUUCAAGAACUGAUAGUAGCAUUGUCUAUAUUAGCAGUAUGGCUUAUACAAAUACCCGUAGCGUUUCUGAUUUGGCAUUUGAAAAGGAUAAAUUUCACUUAA